AUUCGAUCUGAUUCCUAAAUAGAGUUUACUGACACAGUUGGACGUAUGAAUACAUUUUGCAUGCUUCGCAAUCACGCUAACGCUAGCACCGACAAUGUGUUAAAAGCUGCAGUUACAAUAAGACAAUUGUGUGAAUAAAAACAUUUGUUUUCAUCACUGAAACAUACCAAACAAAUCUAUUCCCGCCAUUGUAUUAUACAUCAUUAAAAAUUCUGAAUACUAAGAAGUGAAAGAUUCUACGAAGGAGGAACAUGUCGAUUAUAAAUAUCGAUCGAUCAAGAUGAUGUUGGAUAAGCAAACGAGAUUGUCUUCCUGGUUAUUGCGAUCAUGUAAAAGAAGCCGGUUUAAAAUAGAAUUAUACUUUAUAUUUGGAUAUUUGUUAACAUAUUGUUCGGCUAGAAACAAUCCGCCCAGAUUUCUCAUAGAUGGACAAACAGAAAUUGUCCUUAGAUUAAAGGAAGAGUCCGAGACUCCGAUUGGUAGCCUAAUUUACAAGCUCAAAGGUAUCGAUCCAGAUAAUGACAUAUUGACAUUUGGUGUUCGAGAACAGCCUGGUAGUGACGUGAUUCAAGUUGAAAAUUUCGGUCUUAAUGAAGCCAACAUUUACUUAAAUAAGUUACUGGACAGAGAGACAAGAGAUGAAUAUGCACUCGUAUUAACAUUGACGGAUGGAAGAUUGGGGGAAGGAAAUUUUAUCACGCAAAGUCUGCUGCUUCUGGUCGAGGACAUUAAUGACAAUGUACCAAUUUUCCGUCCACAUCCUACUUCGUUAACUCUUCGGGAGGAUUCACGCCCGGGUAUUUUAACAACGGUGGAAGCUACCGACGCCGAUUUGGGUGCUCAUGGUCAAGUGGUGUAUUACCUUCAGGAAUUGGACGGCGAUAACAACGUUUUCAGUAUAUCGACCGUCAAUGGCAAGGGCGUCAUACGCUUAGUGGGUUCUUUAGAUUACGAACGAAAGUAUCUGUAUCAACUGCGGAUCUUGGCUGUAGAUCGUGCAAUAAAUGAAAAGGUAAAUACGGGAACAACAGCGAUUUUGAUCAAAGUACAGGAUGUGGAGGACCAGCCGCCGGAAUUCAUAGCCAUGACGCCUGUCGCAAGAAUUAGCGAAAAUGUUAGGAUUGGCACAUCCGUUUUGCAAGUUCGUGCUGUGGAUGGCGAUAAGGGGAUAAACAAUAAAGUGACUUAUAGCAUCACGAAGGGACCGAGAUAUUUGUUCGAUAUUGAUGCGACUUCUGGUCUCGUGUUUACAAGAGCGCAAUUGGAUAGAGAGGCUGAGGAGAAUAGUGAUGGCACUUUUAUUCUCGAAAUUACGGUGAAGGAAGUAUCGAAAAUUAUUCCACCGCCGUCUGUUAGUACCGAGGUGACCAUUAUUCUUACCGACGUAAAUGACGAAACGCCGACAUUUAGAAGUAUGCUGUACCGUGCCGAAAUAAAUGAGAACGCGCCGGAAAAUACGCCAGUUAAUUUUAUUGGCGAUGCUGUACCAGAAGUUUUUGAUCAUGAUCUGGGUUCCAACGGCACAUUUCGAAUAUUCAUUGAAGGCGAUGGUGGAAUGUUUGAUGUAACACCGUUUCGCGGGAUCAAUGAGGCACCGUUUUUAAUACGCGUUAAGGAUUCGAGUAAACUCGAUUUUGAAAAAAUAUCUGUGGUAAACUUCACUCUCGUCGCGAAAGAAAUCACGCCGGUUUCGCCGAAAUAUAGUGCGGUACCAGUUACGGUCUUUAUAAAGGAUCAAAAUGAUAACUAUCCCGAAUUUACGAAAGAUAUCUACGAGGUGUCGAUACCAGAAAAUUGUGUCGAGGGAACAACUGUGGCUUGGGUACAGGCUUUAGACGCAGAUAGCGAUAAUUUUGGAACGCAUGGAAUACGAUACACAACUUUAGGCGGUAGCAUUGCACAUGCAUUGACGAUAGAUCCUCUUACCGGCGUAAUAACGGUCAAACAUCCUGGAUCCAGUUUCGAUCGAGAAUUAGUUGCUCGGCAUUAUCUCACCGUCGAAGCACGAGAUAAUCUUGGAAAAGGAAAUCGCAAUGCUGCGCAAUUGAUAAUUAAUAUUGAUGAUGUUAAUGACAACGCUCCUAUAUUUCUGCAAAAUAAAUACGAAGCGGUGCUGUUGGAGAAUGAAGAUCACUUUGAAUCGCCUCUACUCGUCGAAGCAUCCGAUAACGAUUUGAACGGGACGCGAAACAGUGAGAUAGUCUACGCUCUGGUAUCAAGCGAAUUUUCCCGAAAUUUUACUAUCGAUCCGAAACGCGGCAUUGUUACACCCACCCGUCCCCUAGAUUAUGAAGCUCUGCCUAUCAAUCAAGGACACAAAGAAAUGAUCAUACGUCAAUUAAGAUUGAUAGUGAGAGCCAGAGAUAUGGGCACACCAAGUUUGACUUCUGACGUUCCUCUAAUGAUUUAUUUGAGAGACGUUAAUGAUAAUGCUCCGGUUUUCGAAAGAACUUUGUAUAAGAGAAAUAUUCCUGAGGACUCGCUAGGUGGCACGAGUAUUGUACAAGUAAAAGCGUGGGACAAAGAUCUCUCUUCGCCGAAUAACAAGUUAGUUUACCGAAUUCAGAGCGGAGCCGGAGAUAAGUUCGUAAUUAGUCCCGAGACAGGCGUGAUCCGAGUGGCGCCGGGUUCCAACUUAGAUCCGGAUCUUACGUCGCCGAAAACCACAAGAUAUAACUUGAACGUUAUCGCCAUUGACAGCGGUACGGAAAUUCAACGGACAGCCGAGGUUCUUGUGAAUAUCACAAUCCUAGACGUCAAUAAUAAACCGCCGGUUUUUAUCGAUCCUGAGACUGUCACUAUCAGAGAAAAUACUCAGGUCGGUGCUUACGUUCAUCGCAUAGUGGCACAAGAUCCGGAUGUAGCUCCGAUUCUACGUUAUCGUGUAGAUCCCAACUCAUCGGAAGCACGAAAUGAGGAGGGUACUUUAAUCAAAGUGCAAGAAUAUGACUAUUUAGCAGCGCUAGAGUUAAAUUGACUAGGACUUGUAGUCGAGGAUUUGGCCGCAGUAAGAGGCUUGCAAACUGCAUCUGCUACAUUGAGUAUAAUUAUCGAAGAUGAAAACGAUAAUAAUCCUAAAUUCCGGAGACCAUUUUAUAGACGUUCUGUUACGGAAAAUAGUAAAAAUGGAGUUAAUAUCGUGAAUAUUGUUGCCGAUGACGCCGAUAAAAAUCGUAGCAUUACAUAUUCUUUACAAGGCCCGAGAGAGAUCAUCGACCUCGUGCAUUUAGAUCAGGAAACCGGAGAAAUGGUCGUCGCUAACAAAAUCGACAGAGAAAUGUACUCGUGGCUAAAUUUAACUGUCAAAGCCACAGAUUCUGGAAUUCCACCUCGAUCAAGUUUAUCAGAAGUAUACGUUCAAGUCUUGGACGAAAACGAUAAUAAUCCGUAUUUUGUUUCGAACAUUAGUAAUGUGACUGUUAUGGAGAAUUCAAAAAUUGGCACAGAAAUUGCUGUAAUACGGGCGGCAGAUUCUGAUAGUGGAGAUUAUGGAAAAAUCACUUAUCUCUUAGACAGAAUAUCUUCUCAGGGGACUUUUGCUAUUCACUCAGAAACGGGAUCACUGACAGUAGCUGACGUUCUCGAUUGGGAGAGCAGACACAGUUAUGUUUUGGUUAUAGAAGCGUGGGAUAAUUACCAAUUUGGUUAUACCGCGGGAGAAUCUCGAAACGCAUUUAAGCAAAUCCAAGUUACAGUCAUUGAUGUGAAUGACAAUGCUCCGAAAAUGGAUAUACCUCAAGACUGCAUCUCGAUAUCUGAAUUUCACGACAUACGAGACUUAAUUUACGUUAUGAAAGUAAAAGAUGCUGAUGACCCGACUACGCCGAAUGGACGUGUUAUAAUUAGAAUCACUUCCGGCAAUGAAUUAGGUUUAUUUAUAUUGGAACAAACUGACCAUUGGACAGCAAAGAUAAAAGCUGCGCAAUCAUUAAGAGGAAAAUUCGGAAAUUACACAUUAAACAUCGAAGCACACGAUUUGGGAACACCGUCCAAUAAGGAUAAAGGAAUUUUAAAAAUUUGCGUCACGGACUACAACGAUAAUCCUCCUUUAUUCAUCAGUCCCCAACACAACACCACCAUCCGCGUUCCAGAGAACAUAACAAUAGGAAGUUCGAUUAUUCAAAUUGAAGCGAAAGAUGCCGAUACGGGAUUAAACGGCGACGUGCAUUAUCGUUUAAAACAAGACCUUGCGGGCCACUGGAAGACUUUUCGUAUUGAUGAGAAAACCGGCAUAAUAUCCUUAAAAUUACCGCUCGAUAGAGAGACUCAAAAAUUAUAUGAGAUACGUGUCGAAGCAUACGAUUUGGGUACCCCGACGCCUUUAAGUUCAGAUCUCGAUUUAAUUAUUUACGUGCGGAAUAUCAACGAUUUUGAGCCGCAAUUUUCAGUGAGCGUUUUUAAUGUUAACUUCACGGAGGAACAGCCACCAGGGUCAGAGAUGGUGUUACUCCCAGAAACAUUUGAUAAUGAUGACGUUGACGAGUUGGACGAUCCUCCCACCCAAGUCUGUUAUUUCAUAGUUGGCGGAAACAACGGUGGACUGUUCAUUUUGGAUAUUUAUAAACACGAACUUGGCACUGCUAAGUUGCUGGACAGAGAACAGCAAGAAGAACAUGUAUUGCUUAUUAAAGCAACGGAAGAUUGCAAGACCGUGCCGGAAAAUCAAACAACGUUUGACAAGACUGAUGCUACUCUAUUACAAGUUAUCGUAAAAGUUGAUGACAUUAAUGACAACGCACCGCAAUUUAUUAAAGAUGUUUUUACGGGUGGCGUUACUACUGAAGCCGACUUUGGCACGCAAUUUAUGCAUGUGAAGUCAAUUGAUGCGGACGCUGGCAAUAAUGCCAUACUCAGUUAUUAUCAAGUAGGCAAAAUUCACAUGACGCUUACUGAAGGCUUCGAAGAUAUGCAAAUGCAGCCUUUUCUAGUAAAUAAAGACGAUGGAGCAGUGAGUCUGAAUUUUGAUCCUCAACGAGGGAUGAAGGGAUACUUUGAUUUCAUGGUACUCGUUAACGAUACAUAUGGCUUGCAAGAUACUGCGAGAGUUUUUAUCUAUUUAUUACGGGAGGAUCAAAGGGUUCGUUUUGUUCUCCGUCAACAUCCGCCAGAAGUCAGAAGUCGAAUUGAGACCUUCCGAGAAAUUCUGGGUAACGUCACUAGCGCUAUAAUUAACGUUGAUGAAUAUAAAGUGCAUGAAAAUCAAGAUGGUUCCGUAGAUAGAACGAAAACGGAUUUAUAUUUGCACCUCGUAAAUCGUCGGGACAAUUCGAUUCUCGAGGUAUCCGAGGUCCUCGAGUUAGUCGACAGGAACAUCGAGAAACUCGACAAUUUAUUCAAGGAGUUCAACGUCCUCGAUACGCAGCCAGCAAAGCCCGAACCGAUUAUACAGUAUGAACAAGCUGGAACGACUUUCUGGCUUCUCACGUUGACCCUGUUUCUAGGAGCUCUACUAAUUUUGUGUGUCACUUUAUGUUUGUCUCAAAGGGCUUCUUUUCGAAGGCAACUGAAAGCGGCGAACGCAUCACCAUUCGGUGCAUCAGACUCAGAAUUUAUCAGAAGUCCUGGUCGCGUCCCGAAUACUAACAAACACAGCGUCGAAGGAUCGAAUCCUAUAUGGAUGCACGCUUAUGAAAACGAGUGGUUCAAGAACGACGAGUCGUUCAGCCAUACGUCUGAAAGAGAUUCUCUCGAUGAGAAUGCGCUUAAUAACGAAGAGAUGAUGAAUGAAGCUAAUACAAACCAAAGAUCUGAGGAUAAACCAUAUUACAUAGAACCAAGAAUUUCAACUAUUUCUAGAAUGCCCUUCGUAGGAGCAUGGUUUAAGGUGUGGGUUUAUUUGGGGUUCGUUUGCGGUUGGGGCAAAAGUGCACGACCACGUUUCGACACAUCUACGGAUAUGGGAUUGGUAUUGGUUCCAGCCGAUGCCGAAGUCGAUUCGGUCAUUUUUCGAUUACGCGCCACCGAUCAGGAUGCGGACUUUCCUCUAGUGUUCGAAGUAACAGCAACAAUUACACCUGUUGUAAGAAUCGAAAACUUGCCGUGCACAUUAUACAACAAAGUCUGUCAGGCUAAUGUAAUUUUAACGAAACGCCUUAUGCCGGGACGCCUUCACGAUUUCGCUGUCAGGGUUCGGGAUACUAAGGGAGACUCGAAUUCGAUGCAGGCUACCAUUUCCGCAACGAAUGCCACAACCUCGCGUGAUAAAAUAUUUCCUCACAUUCCUUCCCUGAUAAUGGUACCUGAGGAUGCUAAGCCAGGCAGAGAACUAGAUUACCUUCUCGUACGAGCGAACUCUUGGAGCGGCAAGCCAGUUUACAUCGAAUUAUGGCAACCGAAAGAACUUUUCACUAUUCGGCAACGACAAACACCUACGCAAACGCGCGGAGUCAUUACGCUAAUUGGCGAGUUGGACUUCGAGACGCAAUCGAUGUACACUCUCACCAUUUAUGCGACGGUAAUGUGCACUCCCGGAAGAGAUACUAGGAACAUCGCAGGACUGAAUAUCGUCGUCAUAGUGCAAGACGUACAGGACGUGCCGCCAAUUUUUACCCUAGCACCCCCUUUAACGAGGCUUAAUAAUUCUGUACAAAUCGGGGACGUAAUAUUACGAGUUCACGCGGAAGAUGGAGAUAAAGGAGUACCCCGUGAAAUCACGUAUGGUCUGGUAUCCGAAGGCAACCCUUUCAUACCAUUUUUCAACAUUUCGGAAACAACCGGUGAGAUUGUUCUCGCGAAACCUUUAGAGGAACUCACGCAAAUUACUCAUGUUGGUGCACCGGUCGUGCUCACUGUUGUCGCUGAGGAAAUACGAAGAUCUAGGGACGAGCCACCGGCUCAGGCAACGAUUGUCGACGUCGGUUUUCUUCUUGGCGAACCAGGCAACAGCCCGCCAUAUUUUGAGAAUGAUAACUACGUUGCAUCGAUACCAGAAAAUUUGGAUCCAGGUUCUGUGAUAAUGUUCUCCGAGCAAUAUUCGACUAGAGUCCACGAUGAAGAUAUCGGUAAGGCUGGUGUUUUCGCGUUGAAACUACAGAAUAAUAAUGGUACUUUCGAAAUAAAUCCAACUGUUGCUGAAAGAACAGCAAAUUUUAUUCUCAUGGUGCGAGACAAUACAUUCAUCGAUUAUGAGAUGCACGAAAGUUUAUCUUUUAAGAUUAUUGCUCAAGAGGUUGGUCCAGCAACAAAUUUAUCAGCAUCAGCAACAGUCGUAAUAUUUAUACAAGAUGUUAAUGAUAAUCCGCCUGUCUUUGACGAAGACUCUUAUGAAGUUACGUUAUCUGAAAAUGUCACCGCUGGAACACGGGUAAUUCAGGUGCAUGCAACAGACAAAGAUACCGGCCUUUUUGGCAGUAUUCGAUAUACAGGCAUAAUAGGACAAGGAAGUGAUGCUUUCGCAAUAGAUCCUGAUACGGGAUUAAUCACGGUCGAGAUGGGAUCGUCUUUGGAUCGUGAAAUGGCAGCGCAGCUACAAUUAACUGUAAUUGCGCGUGAUGAAAACGGUAAAGGUAACACGGGUGAAGUACCUUUGAUAGUAAAUUUACUGGAUGUAAAUGACAACGCACCAAUUUUCGAGAAAAAUACCUACGAAUUUACAUUAAAUUCCGAUUUGACGAAUUUUUCAACACCUGCUAUUAUCAAGGCUACCGAUGCUGAUGCCGAACCGCCAAACAAUGAAAUUCGUUAUGAACUGAUUCACGGAAAUUAUGAAAAUAAAUUUUAUUUGAAUGAGAUUACUGGAGAACUGACGUUACUGUCACCCGUCACGAAAUUUAGGCGAAAGAAACAAAGUAUCUACAAUUUUUCGAAAAAAUUACAUAAAGAAGCACAAAGUUUUCAACCAAAAUACAUAAUACAAGAGACUGUAAAAAAAACAGCAGUACCUCUGGAUAUGGCAAAUUCAAUGGAAAGCGUUCCGAAUGAAACCGAAUUGAAACGUCAAAUUGGAGAGAUAAAAGGGCAUCGAAGAAAACGAGCGGAAGCUGAUAUUUUAUAUACUUUAACUGCCAGGGCGUAUGAUCUUGGUGUACCCCAUCUCGCGAGUGAGACAGAGAUCUUCAUCGUUAGAGGCACUGCCAUGGAAGCUCGCAUAAUGAUGUUUGUGGUUUCGGGAGAUCGUCCAAAUUUAACGACAACCGCGGAGACAUUAGCCACUAUCACUGGUGGACGAAUUACCGUAUUAGAAACACGUCCUUAUGUAUCAAAUAAUAAAACCGUAACAAGCAGUCCUGUUCCAACUGGAGAAAAAAGAACGAUCAUCGUAGCCCGCGUCGAACAAACCGAAAUCGGCACCCCUUUGGUGGAUGUAGAAAAAAUUCGCAACAUAUUAGCCGCGAAUGGGGUGGGCAUCAUCAAUGGCGCAGGCACCGCCAAUGAGUCUAUGACAGACUACGACACUACCCCGAAACUUCCAAUCGAUGGAGUAAUUCAUAAUGGGGGAGACACAGAGACCUAUGUAAACAAAACGAUCAGUGACGAUGACGACGAAGUAACUGUGUACAAAGCGGAGAAUAAACUACUCUUGUGGUUACUGAUUAUUCUGGGUCUGCUAAUGUUGCUGGCCAUAGCGGCGCUCAUUAUCUGUUGUAUAUGUCCAGGCUGCCCAUUUUAUAUGGCACCUAGAAAACGCAGAGUUCAUUCAUCGGAAACGCUUAUUGCUCGAUCUGAUGGUCGACCGAAACGGCAUCUUCAUCGGAAACCGCCUGCAAUUGACAUAAUUACAUCAAAUGGAAGAAAGCAAGCUUGGAGCGCAGAUCCAACUCGAAGAAACUGGCAAUUCAAUCGUCAAAAUACAAAGAACGAUGGCUUAGCAUCGCUUCCUGGUGACGUUGUGUACAUAUCGGAGCGUCCUCCAAUUGACCAAGCAAAUGUAGAAUCAUUGAGGCUACGUGACGGCCCAGCCUAUGAUCCUUCGAGAAGGAGAUUCGAAGAGCAAGAGAGAAUAUACGUACAGGAUGUCGAGAGGAAGGCUAGAGAUUACGAUGCUACGGAAGCAGAUUCUUUGCAACGACACGAAAUCGAACGUGGUUCGGAUAUUCAGUGUCAAGCUUACAGACAAAGAUACGUCGACCCUGAGUUAAAUAAUGAGACAGCGAUAAGAGAGCAACAUUUUUAUCGCGAGGGUAACGCAGAGGUGUUGCAAUUAGUAACACGCGGACAAGUGGAGGAUAGAAGUCAACAUCGCUAUUAUCCAACUUUUAUAGUGGAUGGCAAGGAUGUACUUCUGCAGCGAUUCAUGCAAGAUCAAAAAGCACGGCACGAACUGCCUAUACAGGAACCCGAGGUAGUACGCAGCAUCGACUCUCACCAACGUUCGAGAAAUUUAUAUCAACACAAGCAGGAAAUUCUUCUCCUACCGGGAGAACUGGACGUUAGACGUCGACGAGCGGAAGAAUUAGAAUCUAGUGCGCAAAAACUAGCGAUGGACGAUAAAUACGCGGCGCAAAACAUAGAUGCGGAGUUGCAGAUGCGAGACGUUCGUCAUCAAGAGAUCUCGACAAAUGUACCCGGGAUAUCGCCCAAAGAUAGACCAUCAAUCGUUAAAGACCAAACGCAAUCCACCACGAUGCAAUCAUACACGUUGCACGAUAUGGAACUGGCGAGACAGAACGCUCUAUUGACGAGAAUACUAUUGGAGAGGGAAUCUAGACAUGCUGGUGGCGUAAUGAUGGAUGCCGCAAGUUACUUAGAGACUCAAAGUCUUCCCGGACAAGUAGCAAUCGGGACGCAGACUGACAGAGCCGCUGCGACACAAACGGAUCGACAUGUCCGAAGUAGAAGUGAUAAUGACGAGUCCGACGAGGAUAUCCGAAAUCGAAAAAGGAUGAAGAAACGCCACGGAGAAAGCGAACUGAGAACGCGAACUUUAUGGAUGAAAACGCCUAUCAAGGAAGAGGAAGGCCCAUGUUUCGACAAACGACUGAACAUCUUGAGGAAAAAAGUACAAGCAGUAAAGGAGGAACGGAAGGUAUCCUUGGAACCUGAAGUUUUGCGGGAAAUCUCAGAUUCUCUCGACGAGAAUGGAAGUAUUUGUCGCGAGAAAGCAAAAAAGUCAACAAAAACUUGUCAACAGUACAAAGAGAGCAAUAUUGGAUACAAAGUACUAGGCGAGAAAAAUGGUUCCUCUUCAUCGACGGAAGCAGAUAAACAACAUGAUAAAUUUUCUGACGAGAAAAGAGUGAAAAGCUCGUCUUCUCCAGAAAUAAGUGUUGAUAAUGGAAAUUAUAUUCGAGAAACAACGGAAAAGACAAGUACCAGGAAAGAAAGUAGAAUAAAGAAGCAAAAAAAGGUAGAAUCCGUGAUAAAACCUAGUUUUCGAGUUUUAGAAAAAGAGAUCACAAUGCUGACGAAGAAACUAAGUAAACUCGCUGAUAAAAAAGUACAGCAGACCACUGGGUCUGAAAGUACAAGUCAGGAGAAAUCCUCGCAGGAUUCCAAGAAAGAUUCAGAUCACAGUACAUCGAAGAAAACAGAGGACGCAAAGAAGUACAAACAGUUUGAGAUUUCUCCAAGUAUAUCGAAAGAGACGAAGAAAGAAAAAUUUAAGUACCAACAACCGCAGAUUAUGAGUGCCGGUAGUUCCGAGAACGAGGAUGCGUUUGAAAAAUCGGAGAAAUCGAAAUUAACUUCUCAAGAAGCUGCAAAACACAAACAAACAAGUAGCCAUACGAAAGUGAAAAGGCAAACGCUUGAACGUAAAGAACGCAAAAAGCAAAUCACACAACAGGAUCGAGAGUUCGAGAAGCGUAGAAAAGCCGCGAGUAAAGAAAGCGGCAGACCGAAGGCUGACAAAACUACCAAAGUACCAUCGCGUAUGCAAAAAUUAGCAGCGAUUGGUCGUAAGAAACAUGUUCACGUCUCGGAGGAACCAAGCACGAGUACAAGUUCCGAUCGUAUAAAUGGCAAAAAGUAUUCGUUCAUGAGUCGCGAUUUCGAUAAGAAAAGUAUGGAGUCUUCAGAAGUUCCAUCGAAUCACGCGGAUCAACAAAAAUCGAAACAGAGGCUACAUGUAAGCGAGAAAUUCUCUGAUGACUUUGUGCCAGAAUCGCAGAGAAGAGGCAUCGAUCAGCCAACCGUGUUUCUUCCAACAAUGAGUAGAAAUAUAGAUAAAGAAGACGUUGUAAAUGGUAAAGAAGAUAUCGAAAUAAUACAACAAUUUUCUGACGACUUCGUAAUGGAACCACAGAUAAAAAAGGUAGAACAUCAAAUGCAAGCUACGGUUGAAAGUGAAGUUUUCAGCAGUAAUGGGCAAGAUGUGUAUCACGAUUUUGACAAAGAACAUUUGACGUUAAAGGAAACUGUUGAAGAUCUCGCAAUUGUUCAAAAUUUGGAAGAUACGCAACACAAAAGUGAGACAAUAUUAGACAUCCCAAGCAAAGAACAAUCUGAAAUAUUUGAAGUCUCUAAAAGAGAAUUGGAAGACAGUAGCAAGGGAACAGUGCCUUCAGAUUCUCUUAUCACAAAAGCGUUAGAAGAAACAGAGGAAGUGCCAUCUUACAGUGGGAAAAGAGCUGUUGAAAGAAGAAUAGCUUAUAUAUCUGGAAAGCAUAAAGAAGUAGCAGAAGAAUCUUUCUAUGAAACCGAACAAGAAAUGUUAGAAAAGGAGGAAGUUACAUCAGAAAAAGAAUUACAUGAAAUACAGAGAUUGAAAGCUGUCGAAGAGAUUGCGAGUGAAGAAGCGAUUGCAUUGGAGAAACAUAUAGAAAGUUUGACCAAAUCAAAUGAUAGAACUGAGUAUACAGAAGAAGAAAAAGAAGAAGAACAUGAAAACGGAUAUAUGUCAUUAUAUUCAAGUAAAACAGACAAAACUGAAGAAUUAUAUAAAACUGAAAGUGAUCAAAAAGAAGAAUUAAAUCUUGAAUCAGAGAAACAUAUUGAAAAGGAAAUCUCUUCAACAAAAGGUGCAACAGAUAUCGGACAAAAGAUGGUAGAAGAAUUAAUACAGAAAGAAAAUGAAGAGGAAAUGUUGUUACGUGAAAUUAAAAGUGACGUAGAGAGAUCAAAAGAAUAUAUAACUCAGGAAUUUGAUGUAGAGAAAAGAGAAGAAUCAACAACUACAGCAUCUGAAGAAUCGUUAGAUACCAGCCGACCUUUUACAGAUGAUACUAAAAAUUUAAAUGGUUUUCAGAGAGCGUUUGCAAUUGAUGAUGAUACAUUAUUAUACAUUGAUGAAACUAGUGACGAAGCAUCAAAAUCAGAUCACGAUUCGACUGAUCAGACGAUUCGAUCUGAACUCACCGAAAUACCAGAUAUUGUAAAGAAAACUACCGAUAAAGAUGAAUUGGAGCAUUUAAGCGACGAUCUUACUACGAAGACAGAAAUUGAAAGCCAUGAAACUAAGAAAGAAUUGCACAUAUCUCCUGAAAGACUAUUUGACAUCCACAAAACGAAAGAAGAGAAACUUGAUGAAGAUAAGCUUCUCACAUCUUUAAUGGACAUCACUACUCCCAAAGAAGAAGUUAUUAAAGAACAAUUACAAGUUGAGCAUACAAAGGAGAAAGAAGAAUCACUGUUCCAAGAAGACGAAGAAGCAGCAAAAAAAAUAUCUACAUUAAAAGAAAAAUCUGAUGAAGAAGCUUUUACUAUCUUAUCAAGUACUUCUUUUGAAGUACUUGAUGAGGAAUCUUCUAUUGACCAGAUGCCGAAAGAUUCGAAUCUGCAACAGUCAACUGUCAGUGAACCAGACAUAGUGGAGAGUUUUGUAAUAAUCUCUAAGAGCGUAGCAGAGCCACAAGACGAAGGAGACCAACAAGCAGACGUAAGCGUUCCAAUUUUUAGCAACUUUAUUGAUGAUACACUCGAUGUUUCGGAGGAGAGCGACUCAUCCAGUGAUGUUUCCAGGAAAACAACGUUGACCACGAGACCCUAUGAUACUCCGCGCCAUCGACAAAAGUGGCAGCAGCAAGAAAGCAUUGAAAUAGCGGGAAUGUCUGGUGUAAGAACUUUCAAAGAUGAUGAAGACGCAAGAACAGAAACCGAACUAGAAGAGGAUACAGAUAGCAACUUAUCACUCGAUGAAAUUGAGAAGACAGAAGAUUCGAUCACAACUGAAUCAACGAGUGAAUUAAAAGAAGAUAUUGAAAUCGUUGGUACACCUGAAAGGACUUUUUCCGACGAAAGAAUUUCGUCUAUAUCUCUUUUAAAAGAGGGAAACGAUAAAGCUAUAAUAGAUAAAGAUUUCGAAUCGAAAAUCGAAAUUGAAGAACCAGAAACUGAUAUAAAAUCGGAAAUAAAAAAUUUAUUGACAACAAUUCAAGACAUAGUUCCUUUGACUCUAAGUAUUAAAGAAUUAAAUGGCAUACCAAAAGAAAAUAUUAAAGAUGAAAUUUCCACAACAAAGGAAGACGCAGAAUCUAAAAGCGAGAUUGCUACGCCUCGUAAAAAGACCGAAAAAAUAUCCGAAUCUGUGAAACAAGAUGAUAAAAGUAAAACUAGGUCGCCUUCAAGUAAAUCUGAGCAAAUAGAUCUGAAAAAAGAUAAAAUAGUAACUGAAACCAUUGAAAUGGACAAAACUAAAACUGAAGACAUUGAGAUAGAUAAAAUAAGAGGUAAAGAAAGUGAUGUAUUAACUCCGAAAAAAUAUAUUACGAAAACUAUACCUUCCGAACGUUUCGUGAAGAAAACAAAGAAAUCUGAACGAUUGAAGGCGCCUUCACCCAGGACGAGAAAACGUGUUCUUGAUAAAUCAGAAGAAAAAGCUACGCCGAGUUAUUUUCAGCGUCGAUCUCGUAAAUUUAUUGAUGAUUCAGAGAAGCAAAGAAGUAGUGAAUCGCAGAAACGAUCGCCACGAAGGGAAGAAGAACAGCAUCCUCGAAAACAGCAGGUAUCCAAAUUUAAAACAGACAAGAAAGUUACAAUUCCUCCGAAAACUGGCGAAGUCGAUACGAGUAAAACGCAAUCAAAGUACAUGGCUUGGUACAAUAAGAAACGCGAGGAAACAGAGAAAAAGAGAUUAGAGAAGAAAGCAGCAGAUGACGAGGAACAGCUACCACGCUGGGUAAGUAGAAGCUUGAAGCAAACAACAAAGCAAAGAGAGAAGCUAACAAGGGAGCGCAAAACUCCAGAGAUGACGCCGCGUACCAGACGCAAGAUCAAACCUCUAGUGAACGUCGAAUCAGAGCAGUUGAAGGCCAUUGUGCGUCAAGGACGACAAUUAAGAAGGGCCGAGGGUAGUCUCAAGGAGGAUCCGACGAUUCAGAUAUUCGCCAGAUCACCACCGGUCUCUAUUUCGGACUCGCAACAUCGUCUGCUGCAACACUCGGAAUACAAAUACGAGAGAAUACCACCUCCAUUUUAUCUUCAUCCACCCCCGGCGCCGCAUCCAUCGCCACAGUUAUCUCCAGAAAGAUGUCUCGAAAUGCAACCGUGUGGAUCGCAAUACGAACAAUCCGAGAGUGAUCUGCAGUCAGAAAAUGCAGCGUCAUUUCAAAGUGGCGGUCGUCUACGUCAUCAACAACUUCUCGAAAAAAAAAGCGUCUUCGAUAUCGCAUACAGCGAAGCUGCGCCAUCGCAACUUCGAUCUGAUAGCACAACUCCGCCGUCCUAAC